AUGGAUAUAAAGACCUUGCUGGACAAUCUUCAUGAUGAAGUAUCCUGUUCUGUGUGUAUGUGUCCAUUCACUGAUCCAAAGCAGUUGCCUUGUUUGCACAGUUUCUGUCUUCACUGCCUAAACGGAAUUCAACGAACGAGCGGCUUGCGUGGUAAAAUUACAUGCCCUGAGUGCAGGAGACCGUUUCAGAUUUCUGGAAGUGGAAAUCCCAGCGAACUUCCCACUAAUUUUCGAAUAAACAGCCUGCUAGAUGUCUUGGCAAUAAAAGAGUGCAGUACAGUCAACGUCAAAUGCAGAAACUGCGACAAACGGAGCGCCAAGACCUUAUAUUGCUUCCAUUGUUGUUCCUUCUGGUGUGAAGAAUGUAUUGUAGGACAUAACAUAAUUCGAGAAAAUAAAGAUCACAGAACGCUAGCACUAAAAUAUUUUCGAGAUCAAGACAUCAAGGCUGUUUUAGAGCGACCAGCAUUUUGUCAGAAGAAACACCAUGAAAACAAAGAGUUGGAGCUCUUUUGCAAGGACUGUAAAGUCGCCAUUUGUAGCGCUUGUGCCAUGACACUUCAUGAAGGUCAUGGUAAGAUGCUUUUGCAAGAAGCUACACAUGCCCGCAAGACACAGAUCAAAUCCACUAUUAAAUCUUUGAAAGACAAAGCACUGGAAAAACGAAAGAAAGUAGAAAAAAUGAACCAAAAGAGCAUCGAACUUCAAUCGCAAGUAGCCGACGUAAAAAGUCAAGUGCAGUCCUUUGUAGACCAAAUUAUUGCAAUCAUCGAAGCGAGGAAGCAGGAUGUUUUUGAUGUGAUUGAUAAUCAAGCGAAAAAAUCACUGGAAUCUCUGUCACAGAAAAAAGACGAAGUCGACAAACAAGUGAAAUUAAUUGAAUCAGCAAUUGAACAAACUGAAACUCUGUUGAAACGAAGCUUUAGUACUGAAAUCCUUGGAUUCAGUGAAACAUUUGAUACAAUCCUGCGGGAACAGAGCAGUCAAGAAAACCGUGACACUGAAUGUAUUCCUCGAUUUAGUUUUACUAAAAGUGAAAAACUGAUUAGCCUUUUGAACAUGAGCGAGGGGAUAGGUAAUGUAGAAUUUGUAGUUAACGAACCUAAAUCGCAACAAUCGGGAACUAAAGGUAAAGAAAGUAGUAACGUAAUUGCUGGGAAUAAAGGGGCAAACGUUCGUGACAGCCACGGUCCUCUUGAGACUCAGGUACAAACCAGGCGCUUCAGAUCUGUGCUGUCAUUUGGACGAUACGGUAAGUCUGUUGGAAUGCUUGACCGUCCCUGGGGGGUGGCAGUGAAUGAUCAGGAUGAAAUUGCUGUGACUGAGUCGGGUAGCCACAGGGUUUCAGUGUUUGGUAGUGACGGUACCCACUUAAGAUCGUUUGGUAGGUUGGGUAAGAAUAAUGGUGAGUUUGAUUUCCCUGAAGGGAUCGCUUUUGAUAGUCAUGGCAAUAUUGUAGUGGCAGACUCUUUUAACGACAGGGUGCAAGUCUUUGAUACGAAUGGUAACUUUCUUAGUAAGUUUGGUGAACAAGGAAGUCGUGAUCAUCAGCUUAGUAACCCUGUAGGUUUAUCAAUAAACGGUAACGGUGAUAUUAUUGUUGCUGAUACCGGUAACCAAUUAAUCAAGAUAUUCUCCUCUAGUCACAACUAUUUACGUAAAUUUGGUGGCGCAGGUUCUUUGGUCAGUCCCUUUCACUGUAUCCAACACGGUCAAUAUUUUAUAGUCUCAGAUGCGGGUGAUCAUUCCAUUAAAAUGUUUGAUCUUGAGGGAAAAUUUAUUUCUAAAUUUGGAAAACAGGGAAACAAGUAUGGAGAGUUCAAUAAGCCCCGUUACUUGUCAGUCAACAAAGAAGGAUUGCUAAUGGUCUGUGAUGCAGAAAAUCACAGAGUUCAGGUAUUUGAACUGAGUGGAAAGUUUGUUACAAAGUUUGGAAGUGAAGGUAGUGAGAGAGGAGAGUUCAGGUUUCCAAGGUCUUUAGCAAAUCUUAGUGAUGGAAGGAUAGUUGUGUGUGAAAUGAAUAACAACCGAAUCCAAGUGUUUGACAAGAUAUAAUAGAUCUUACCAGUGGUAUAAUUAUUGUUGAAAAGUUCAAAUUGGUUAUCAAGAAUAUGAAACCUUAAUUUUUCGAACAACGCCAUCUCGUGAGGUAUUUGUCACUGAGUCACUGUUGACCUUUUCUAUUUGUCGUGAGGGGGGGGAGGGGGGUCGAAGGGGGGGGGGCAUUAGGUUGCCCUCACAAACAGUUUGUCUUUUCUGUGAACGUAGCAAAAAAUUACAAAAUCGUGGCUGUAAUAACAGCUGAAAUGACACUCAACUUGUAAAUAUAUUUUGUAACGUUGUUUUCAAAUGUAUUGUAGUCUCAUUUAAUUGGGCACCGAUUGUAGUUUAAUAAGGUAGAUCACUUUUUUGGUAUCAAAAUUGCUUUUUUAUGUUGUAUACCUUUUCAUUUUCUUUCCAGCAGUUGCUAGUUGUUAGCUGGUGUAUUUUUGGAAAUAUUAUUCCCGAGCCGUUAGCUCAAGUACCAUUUUUUUACUCAACAGGUUCUUCAGGUUCUUUAGUUAUAACAUAUAUUAACCCGAUUGUAUAAUAAUGAUUUGUUGAAAACGCAUUAAAGCGUCAUUAAAGGACAAUCAAAUAUAAAGAAUGUUCUUUUUUGUUCAAAUUUAUCGUUGUCAAUGAGACCGUCAUGUGUUGGAGUUAAACGUACCAGUUUCCUUCAUUCAAGUGUAAAUGUAUUUAGCACCAGAGUACUAUAUUGAGGACACUGUUUUUACCUCCCUAUUCGGAGAAUGGACCACCAUUUCUAUGUCCAAUGAUCAGCAGCGGAGCCAAGUGUUGGUCUAUUGAGCAGUUUACAGGACAAGACAGGACAGUCAAAUCCCGCUUAAUACAGACACCUCAUUGUUUGUCCCCGGUGAAAAAAGCCCUUACAUUUUCUCUUGAUUCAACCCCCUUAAUAAGGACUCCUUAGUUAUUUUAGGACCCUCAGUAUUGGUCCGGCCUCCUGCACCUCACCAUCCUACAGUCAAACGCUCUACAGGGUGAGCUUAUCUUUUCGUUUUAAGGUAGAAACCGACCAUAGACGCUUCAGUUCAGUGCGUGUACUACACGCUGAACCCAAGUGUAACCUGCGUAGCAAGCGCAUGAAGGGGAGGGGAGAGGUAAGACAUGAGAGCAGAUCUCCUCUCCUCUCCUCUCCUCUUCUCUCCUCUCCACUUCUCUUGACCUUAUCUUAUUUACCAUAAAUCCUCUAUUAAGUCCUCCCUCUUAAAUACCCCCCUCCCCUUUUUGAGGAUGAAAGUUAAGAGCCCCCCCCCUCUCAUUUAAGUCUCCCCUCCCCCUUAUUAUUCUUCACUAAUAAAUGAUACACUGUAUUAAUCAAUCAUGACUGUUUACACACUGUCCAACCAUCCCGAUCUCGUCGGGCUUCUCCCGAUUUUGUUUGAAAAUCCCGAAUCCCGACCAAUAUGCGAUGGGAUAAGAACAAUCACGAUUUUGAAAUCUGUUUUGAUAAAUAUACAGGAGCACCUAACAGAGUGUACUUAAUUGAAACUGAUACCCAAAAAACUUAAAUAUACAACCUAGAGUAUAAAACAAAAUCGAGUACUUGUAUGUAAAAACACGCAAAUAAAAAAAGGGAAAAAAACAAUCAAUUUAGCGAAAGAAAUCGCCCGCUAAGAACACAAGAAUAGCGUUUCAGAGCAUUAAAAUUUCAAAAUUUUCUGGGGUAGCAUGCUUCCAGACCCCGCUAAGGACUCGCAUCCUCGACGCUCACGUGAUGUGAUUCGAAUAUUAUUCAAAAAAUAUCCCGAUUUUACAUACUCAAACGGUUGGACAGUCUGAGUUCAGCUGUGAGUUUAACUUCUUUUUAUUACCAACUGGAAGUUGGCUGCAUGACCUCCAACCUUCUUGUUCUUGAGCUGCUCUACUUUGUAUUCUAGUUCUUUAUGGAGAACUGAUACCAUCGUCUUUUCUAAAUUAAAUAAGCCCCCCUCUCAAAUAAGCCCCCUGUCUCUGUUAAUCCAUCCCCUCAAAUAGGCUUUUAAUAAAUAAGCCCCCCCCCCCCGGGGGGGCUUAAUAGAGGAUUUACGGUAUCUGUUUAACAAAAUAGGGUUCCUCAUAAGAGGAGUCUCCUUAAUCCCCCCCAUAAUCCCUUCCCCUUCUCCCUGUCCAUCCCCUUUUUCUAAUCUUCACACAGGUAAACCCUAUGGCAUCGUUGAGCAACGAUAACUUCUCUCCUUAACUCUUUUUUGAGGGCCCGGGGGACUCCCAUAUAAAAGUGACGGGAAUGUUCCUCGAUCGAUCGUCGUCUCGGCGCUUUGAGGUGUAAAUUGCAGUUUUUGGUCUCACUUAGGGUGUUCAGGAUGUAAAGUCACUAUAUCUGCCCAUUCAGGUAUCGCUUAGUACUGUGCGUAAAGAAAUUUACAAAACAUGCCCUGACACUGCACAGAAAUCUCCCUUAGGGCCGGGGUUAGUGUAAGCUUGAGCCACACCGGCAUUGGUCAGGGAUAAGGGUAGCCUGAAUUCAGACGAUUACUUCGAGUCGUUUUUAAGGGUUUAAUUUGAAUUCUCCGACGAACAUCUCCGCCAUUUUUAUAUGGGAGCGCCCCCGGAUUUUAGGGUGUCCAUUUAGUUCUUGGAGGGUCUAAUCGGUUAUCGUUUACCAUGGGCUUUGGGCGUCCAAUGGGUUGGUAAUCAAAACAGACGAGAUGUAAUGAAUUAAAGAAUGAUGUGUGAUUUUGUGCAGGACCCCUCCAAGGUUCCAUCAUGGCUGAGUGUUCAUCGCAGUUGGUUUAAUUCUAGACUUCGUAGAUCCAAAGGUACAAGCUUAAUUCCCGGAUAACUAUCAACUACUAUCAGGUUUAUAAAGAAAGUUUUUUCAUUCCAAAAUAAGAAUUAACACUUUCGAGUUUAAAUAGGGUGUUGCAAAGGAAUAAAACGUAGGGAAUUGACAUUGAAAUGCACUUAAACAACUCAAAGAAAAACACGGUGACCUUCUUCCAUCAGAUAAAAUGCUCAAAUAGGAACAUCACUUCCUUAACAAUGGAACGCUACUGGUCACAAUUCAACUUGUCCUAAAUAAGAAAUUUGCGACUCUGUCUGAGCAAAAUUGCCGUCACAUAUUGAUCUUGCUUUGCCUUCUUUUAUUAUCAUCAGAAGCUGGUAGAAAUUCGCGCUAGAGUUCCAUUCCCUUCAUUGAGAGCGAGGAGCGCGGUCGCUGGCGGCAAAAAUUCCCUCUCAGGAAGGCUGAGCCAUUGGAAAGCCCUCCCGUCGGACGAAAAUAUACAUUCUGACUUGUAUUUUGUUUCUGCAGAAAGCCCCCGUAUGGGAGAGUAACAGGAGCAGAGUUCAGUAAAUACUCACACAGCUGAUGGAAUAUCAAUCAGGUUCCCACGGGUGACAAGGAUAAGAGAUGAUAAGAACUGGCGGAAAACUGCUGAUAAUUUGCUCCAUCUUAGGGUGAGCUAAACAAGGUUAAUUCCCCGAAGUAUCCUGGAUAAUUUUCCACACAUUGGCCCUUUAAGAUCUUUUAAGGCAUGAACUAGGUCGGUACUGUGUCUAAUAUCACUGUUGGACGGUUUGCGGAGGGGGGUGGGGAUGGUGAAUUUUCACCCGGUCUCCUGCGCAACGAUGCAACAGGGCGAUCGGUCCCCAAAACUGUCCCAGAGUUCAAUUGGUUUCUGUACCGUCCCACGCUCCUCACGCGUGAAGUCAAAUUGACCAAAUUAGGACACUACAGGUGUUUUCAGGGAGCGUGUACUAGAAUUUCGUCUGUUUAAUAGUGUUCCACUCAUUGACUCUUUGAGACGACCGUUGGACCGGUUAUUACUGUUACCCGAGAAAAGCGUCCGCCUUGUAGAAAGUGAGGAGAGGGGACAUCUUCAGAUGUCCAUUUUAAUGAGCUGUUAGUUUGCUUUCACAAUCACACACAGGCAGCUACAUUACUUAGUGCGGCUCACUUGUUCGAAAAAUGCGCCUGCGCUGUACGCCAUGUGUCACCUCAUAAAGUAGCUCGCCGCGUGCGGAAUCAAAUUCUGAGCUGUAUUAAAAAGAACUGGAUUCGAUCCCUUGCUGAGCGUUGUCAUUACGCUUUUACUCUUUUUUCAUUCAAUUACUGUUGCAUUUUUCGCAGGUUUUAUUCAAGAACUCAAAAGCAUCUAACAGUGAGUGGCUUUUUCUAUACAUGACCAGUUAAGUAAAGAAAAGAAACUUACCUAAAUGUGAACCUUUGUGGAACCGCUUUGUUCGAAGAGAUCGGCAAAUUUUGUGUACCGUAUUACGUAUGAGUCAGUACACAGGCAACGGAAACGAAAACAAAGUUUGGAGCGCACUGGUUUUUUUUUUGAGUGCGUGAAUGUUGGCCAGAAAACUGUCGGCACCAGCUAAGAGCAACGUUUCAUCAGACAUCGAGGAGUUAUUGGGUUGACCUUGUCUACUCUUCCUUCUCAUGUUUCCUCUUUAAUUGUGAGUUUGGACCAGUUUGGAACUUAUAGAGCUACACAAUUAACAGGUUAAGCUGGCAGUUUUUUUUUUUUACCGUAUUUUCCAGUCAACGAAAUGACAUUAACUUUUGACACUAAUUUAGACUGUUAGACAAACAUUACAUAGCUACAAAGGAAAUGAACAAGUAGUUACAGCCUAUUUCAAAUCAAACACUUCGAAAGGUAAGGACACUAUAUUAUUAUAUGCGACCAUUAUUUUUUGUUGAAGAUACUGCAGGAGAUGUGAAAGACGAUGACCACAUGACUACAAUGAUGAUGAUGAGAAUGAUGAGAAUAGAAGUAAUGAUGAUGAUAUUAAUGACUUUGGCGACGACAAUGACUCUAAAUCAGAGGUGAACCACAGGAAGAAAGUAAAUGAUGAGCCACAGAAAGAAAAGCGUUGGACACUGCUGAAGAAGGAUCGCCUAAGAAGAAGGUUUGCUCUGAAUUCAUUUACAUUCCUACAAUUUCAAGUCUGGCCUGGCAAAAAGUUCAAUGAAAAUGGUCUCAUGUAUUUGACAAGCUGACCGAAUUGGAAUAUUUGAAAUCCUUUUGCUAUUUUUUGGAUAUUUUUCUACAGCUCUUGAAACUCGUGGACAUGGACUGACAAUUUACUUCUCGAAAGACCUUGAAGAUCACGCGAAACUCAAAAGAUUUAUUAUUGUGUAUCCUUUGAGAUACCUUUUUGUAUAUAAUUUAAUAAAAAUUGAGCAGGGGAAACGUGUAUCGCUUUAGACGACAGCAUACGGAACCACACGUUUCUGUGUUUCCUACCAAAAUAGGAUUCACAAUGUUUUGAAUCCGCACUCAGCUUGAAUUCAGCCGAUUUAUUCCAAACUGGAAUCCGCCUCGCAUUGUGAAUCAGUGUUUCUUUAGGGAGGUAUUUGAAGAGAAAAAUUCGCGCCUGAAACUUGGCCAGCGGAAUACAAAAUAUGCUAUGUUUCUGUACCAAACCAUGGUACAGCUACCACGGUAAAUUCGUCUUCGGUUUGCCUUUUCUAAUGGUGACCAGUUUUCAUCCACUAUUGACCUUGAAUGUGAAUUCAGAACUGCAAAGAAACGCAGCAUAACCACCGCUUUUGCAAUUUUUCCCGCGCUUUUUAUCUGCUGCGCUAUACUAUCAUAAGCUUUGAUCUAUAAAACAGGACAAUUUUUUAACCAUUCUUAACAUGACUGGUUUUUAGUUAUGACGGAGAUUUGGCGAAAGAUUUGAAAAGACCAGUGCAACACAUAUUGUUAGCAACAAUAGGGUAAGCAGAUGAAAACUAAUUUGCGCACGUUUACUUUUUGUGUUAAAAUACAAGGCUGCGGAGAGCCGGGAUAUUAUUUACAAAUUUUUGUAGGCCUUUAUUGGACCGGACUAGAAAGGAGAAGACAAAUUGCAAAAAAAGAAAUGAGACUAAAAAGAAAAAAAGAAAAACGGAAAAACAAAAAAAAAUGCAAAGAAGGUAGAGGGAAGAAACCCCAAAUACAAGCGUGUUUAAACUCACAAGAAAUUAGAAAAGUUAAUAAAGUAAAAAAACAAAUCAAAACAAACAAAAACAAGUAAAAAAAGUUAUACGUUUAAUAAUGAAAGCACGCUGAUCAAAACAUACACGACCAGUAUGUUUUAGUCUCCGUUGCAGCCGGCCCUGCACGCACUUGAUAACAACAAAUGAGAAUAAAGCAUCUCAAUUCUUGACUCGUACCAUAAUCACGUACUAAUUUAAAUUUGUAAAAAAGAUUAUUCGAAAGAGAGCACUUCACCGAGGUGUCCGUAAACAAUGACAACUACGGACAAUUCAGAUGCUGAUUGUUGCACUUUACUUUCGCUAAAAACAAAUUCUACUUUACCUAUCCCCUCGCUCAUGCUCAGAAGGUAGGCUGAAGGUUAAUCAGUUUUUCACUUUUAGUGAAACUAAACCGAAGAAUACAUUCAGUGUCACGGUUUUCUUUGGUUCUGUUCCUGCAGGAUUGAAUCCAAUGUUUCACUGAAUCUAAGGAUUUCAGUACUAAACUUCGUUUCAACAGAGUUUCAGUUUUUCUACUUCGUCUUUUUUCUGUGAGAGAGAUUCCAGUGAUUUUGUCGCUUGAUUACCGACAGCAUCAAAAACAUCUUGUUUUCUCGCUUCAAUGAUCACAAUAAUUUUGUCUACACAACACUGCACUUGGCAUUUUACCUCGGUCUUUGGAUUGAAAUUGCGAUGCUUUUUUGGUUGAAUUGUUCGGCUUCCUUUUGUUUUUCCAGUACUUUGUCUUUCAAAGAUUUUAUCACGGAGCUGAUCCUUUUUUUUGCGUACGUCGGUAGCUUCUUGCAAAGGCAUCUUAACAUGACCUUCAAGGUACCUGCACGCUGAAUUAUACUCUAUAAGUUAACACACCUUGGUCUUAAGGAAAAACAGUCCCUGUUAUACUUCACUGCACCUUCAACCCCUCUGUGAUUGGAAGUCUAAGCUUGCAUGGCCCAAAGGCCCACGGAAACUAAAGAUUUUAAUGGUUAAAAGUUUCUGCAACUGCCAUUUUUUCUGGAGCAUUUUGUUAGACAGUAUAUAUCAGAGAUGACUUGGCCGAAGGUUGAUUAAUUAAUUAAUGUACCUAAAGCUCUUUCAUUCCUAUUUUCGACUUUCUUGACCCCCUUGCGCGAAAAAAGCUUGCCGGCAAUUUAUCCAUGCUUCAAAGAGCUGAUUAUCAAUUCUUGGAAAUACAUUUGAUGAUUUUAAUUCUUCGGUCAAACCACCAAAACAUGUCAAGAAACUCUAUUUGAUUGGUUAAUAAUAGAAUGUUUAGUCUGGGUCACAAAACAAGACUUCAUUGUGCAUUUGCAAAGCCAUUCUCUUGAAGCUUCUUGAUCGCCAACAACUAGAAGCCAAAAUUUUAUGAAAAGUAACCUUGCUUCCGACCUUUUCCAUGGAUAUAAAGACCUUGCUUGACAAUCUUCAUGAUGAAGUAUCCUGUUCCGUGUGUAUGUGUACAUUCACUGAUCCAAAGCAGUUGCCUUGUUUGCACAGUUUCUGUCUUCACUGCUUGAACGAAAUUCAACGAACAAGCGGCGUCCAUGGCAAAAUUACAUGCCCCGAGUGCAGAAGACAGUUUCAGAUUUCUGGAAGUGGAAAUCCCAGCGAACUUCCCACUAAUUUUCGAAUAAACAGCCUGCUAGAUGUCUUGGCAAUAAAAGAGUGCAGUACAGCUAACGUGAAGUGUGGAAACUGCGAUAAAAGGAGUUCUCAGACCUCGUAUUGUUUCCAGUGUUGUUCCUUCUGGUGCGAGAAAUGCAUUUUAGGACAUGACAUAAUGCGUGCUAACAACAAACACAGAACGCUAGCACUAAAAGAUUUUCAAGAUCAAGACACCAAGGCUGUAUUAGAGCGACCAGCAUUUUGUCAGAAGAAACACCAUGAAAAAGAAGAGCUGAAAUUCUUUUGCAAGGGCUGUAAAGUCGCCAUUUGUAGCACUUGUGCUGUAACACUUCAUGAAGGUCAUGGUAAGAUGCCUUUGCAAGAAGCUUCUGAUGAGGGCAAAACACAGAUUAGCUCCAUGAUAAAAUCUUUAAAAGACAAAGUACUGGAAAAACAAAAGGAAGUCGAACAAUUCAACCAAAAAAGCAUCGCAUUUCAAUCGAAAGUAGCCGAGGUAAAAAGCCAAGUGCAGUCUUUUGUAGACCAAAUUAUUGCAAUCAUCGAAGCGAAAAAACAAGGUGUUUUUGAUGCAGUCGAUAAUCAAGCGACAAAAUCACUGGAAUCUCUCUUGCAGAAAAAAGACGAAGUGGAAAAACGGUUAAAACGAAUCGAAUCAGCAAUUGAACAAACUGAAACUCUGUUAAAUCGAGGUUUUAGUACUGAAAUCAAGGGAUUCUGUGAAACAUUUGAUUCAAUCCUGCAGGAACAGAGCACCAAAGAAAACGGCGACACAGAAUGUAUUCCUCGGUUUAGUUUCACUAAAAGUGAAAAACUGAUUAACCUGUUGAGCAUGAGCGAGGGAAUAGGUAAAGUAGAAUUUGUUUUUAGCGAAACUAAAGGGCAACAAUCAGGAACUAAAGGUAAAGAAAGUAAUAAAGUAGUUGCUGGGGAUAAAGGGGCAAAUUUUUGUGAAAGUCCUUUUAAGGCUCAUGUAAAAACCAGGCGCUUCAGAUCUGUGCUGUCAUUUGGACAAAAAGGUGAGUCUGUUGGAAUGCUUAACGUGCCCUACGGGGUGGCAGUGAAUGAUCAGGAUGAAAUUGCUGUGACUGAGCUCGGUAAUAACAGGGUUUCAGUGUUUAGUAGUGACGGUACCCACUUAAGAUCCUUUGGUAGGAAGGGUCAGAAUAAUGGUGAGUUCUAUUGCCCUACAGGGAUCGCUUUUGAUAGUCAUGGCAAUAUUGUGGUGGUAGACUGUUAUAAUCACAGGGUGCAAGUCUUUAAUCGGAAUGGCAACUUUCUUAGUAUGUUUGGUAAACAAGGAAGUCGUGAUAAUCAGCUUGAAUUCCCUCGAGGUUUAUCAAUAAACGGCAACGGUGAUAUUAUUGUUGCUGAUAAAGGUAACAAAUUAAUCAAGAUAUUCUCUUCUAGUGGGGAGUAUUUACGUAAAUUUGGUAGAGCAGGUUCUUUGGUCUCUCCCAUUCACUGUAUUCAACAUGGUCAAUAUUUUAUAGUCUCAGAUCGUGGUGAUCAUACCAUUAAAAUUUAUAAUCUGAAGGGAAAGUUUAUUACUAAAUUUGGAAAUCAGGGAAUCAAAGAUGGAGAAUUUAAUGAGCCCCGUUACUUGUCAGUUAACAAAGAAGGAUUGCUUAUGGUCUGUGAUGAAAAGAAUCACAGAGUUCAGGUACUUGAUCUGAGUGGAAAGUUUGUUACAAAGUUUGGAAGUGAAGGUAGCGAGAGAGGAGAGUUUAAGUGUCCAGUGUCUACAGCAUAUCUUAGUGAUGGAAAGAUAGUUGUGUGUGAUAAGGAGAACAACCGAAUCCAGGUUUUUGACCAGUUAUAA